CGUGCAGUCGGUCAAAUUCCACCACACGCGCAGUUGUCACACUUUUUUUUUUCUCCACACUUAUCUGCAUCACACGCAACAGGUUGAUCCCAACCUAGUCAUGGAAUUAAUCAGUUGAGACCUGACUUGCUUUGCUUGUGUGUUGGGUGUUAAAUUAAUGAGGCAGUUGCUAAGUGAUGAUGCAUUGCAACGCUGAAAGCGUCUGAUGCUGUUUAGCCUGUAAGGAAGACUUAGUCUGAGAUCUGUCUCCUGCGCACCUGGCUCAUGUGAAGCACGACUGAAGAGGUCACAUCACAGCAACCGACUUCCAUGGCAGCCUUGACGGUCUCCUCUGCCCUCACCAACAGCACUGCUGGGUCCAGGAUGGCGCAGCGAGGGCACGGAACCAACGAAGAGCCCCUCAAGCGUGAGAAUGAGUGGCCGAAGCGGGAGAGUGGGCAGGUUGGUCAGAACACAGUCCUGGAGAAAACGCACGAGUUCUUCCAGGUCUGUGACAUCGAGAAAAAAGGCUUCAUCACCCAGCGUGAUAUGCAGAGGCUGCUCGGCGAGCUCCCCCUCAGUGCCGACGAGUUGGAGAAAGUGUUUGUCACCCUUGAUUCUGACAGCAAUGGAUUUCUUACCCUCGAUGAGUUCUCCACUGGCUUUAGUGAUUUUUUGUCUGGCAGGAAUAUUUCUUUAAAGGACAGCAUGGGAGAGAAACCCCACUGUGCAAAGCCUCCAGAGGUCCUCUAUCACAGCCGAUGGGAAGAGAGCUCGGCAACUUCAGAGGAUGAAGAGGAAAAGCAUUUUUCCAUGCUGAUGGAGAGCCUCGGGGCCAACAACGUCUUUGAAGAUCCUGCAGAAGUACGCAGCUUGUGGGCCCAGCUACGGCGAGAUGAGCCACACCUUUUAUCCAAUUUUGAGGACUUCUUGGCAAGGGUGACGUCCCAGAUAAUUUUGGCUAACCAGGAAAAAAGGGAGAUGGAGAGCGCUCUGAAACGAAAAGCAGCUACACACGAUGAUGAGAUCCAUCGCCUUUAUGAGGAAAUGGAGCAGCAAAUAAAGAAUGAAAGAGAACGGAUUGUGCUGCAGGACUAUAAGAGGUUUGUGUCUCGCAGUCAAGACCUUGAAAGAAAGCUGACCAGCAAGGAGAAAGAGUUAGAGCAGCUCUUUCAGAAGCAGAGGAGGUUGGAAGAUCAGUGUCAGGAGCUUCACAGUGAGCAGCAUGUGACCAAGGUGGAGAACGUGAAGCUGAAGAAGACAAAUGAUGAAUUAGCGGAGGAACUGCAACACACGAGUCAAGAGCUGCUCUUGGCACAGGAGCAACUGAGUCUGCUCCACGAGCAGUCCACGCGACUCAAUGAGGAGAAGGAGAUCGAAAUAUACAGACUGACAGAGGGACUCCAGCGUGAGCGAGCAAGCCUUCUCAAACAACUGGACUUGAUGAGGGAAUUGAACAAACAUCUACGAGAUGAAAAAGACAUUUUCAUUCAGAAACCAACAAAUUGUAAGACGACAGGAUUACAGCCGGGUCCCCUUUAUAAUGCUGGGGGUCACAAUCACUUCCCCAAAAGUGAGGAGGAGGAAGAGGAUGUAAGGCAAAAUCCAGCCAAUGUGUCAAGCUGCCCGUGUGGUCCAGAGGUGACCAGAGGUUACUUACAGAGGAUCAUCUCGAUCGAGGAGGACCACCUCCCACAUUUGCUCCAAAAUGGCACUCAGGCUCAAAUCCCUCUACAGCCGUUUAUUGAAGGCGAGGAUGUGUCAGACCAUGAAGAGAAUAUCGACUUGGAGAUGAGCGAUAUUUACCAUGCUCAGCCGAAGCCGUCACAGGGAGCCGGAGAAAUAAGUCAAACUCCCAUGUCUCCAAGGGGGCAACCCGUUGGGAAGGAGACCAGCAUAAAUGAGGAAAGAAGUCCGUCACUGCCCGACCGUCUCUUUAAAAUCGUUCUGGUGGGGAACUCCAAUGUCGGCAAGACCUCCCUCCUUCGACGCUUUUGUGAUGACUGUUUCAACCUUGACACUUCUGCCACUGUUGGUAUUGACUACAGUGUGAAGACAAUACUGGUAGACAACAGCCAGGUGGCGCUGCAGGUCUGGGAUACAGCAGGACAGGAAAGGUAUCGAAGCAUCACCAAGCAGUUUUUCCGCAAAGCUGAUGGUGUGGUUGUGAUGUAUGACAUAACAGUUGAGCAGAGCUUCACAGCUGUCAGACAGUGGCUGACAAGUGUCAUGGAGGGCUCAGGUGAAGAUAUAACUUUAAUGCUGUUGGGAAACAAAACUGACUUAGAAAUUGCGAGACAAGUGCAGAAAUCAAUGGGCAUGAGGCUGGCCAAGGAACGUCAGAUGACUUUCUUUGAGUGCAGUGCAUGUUCAGGGUAUAAUGUGAUGGAGGCCAUGCUUCAUCUGGCUCGAACCUUGAAAGAGCAAGAGGACCGAGAAAAAGAGAAGACUGUCCAGUUGGUCGGCAGCUCAACGGAGAAGAAAAAAUCCUGCUGUUAACAGAUAACACACACAAUACUGUACGCAUGUUUGCAAGCUUGCCCUAAUUAUUCUAAAUGUCAACAAAACUGUCUUGUGGGGGCACACCAAAAAUGUUCCCAGGCAUAUUAUAUCAAAGGAAGACACAGUUAAAUCAAAACCUUUUAAAAGUUGCCUUUCUCAUGCAGACAGGAUUUUAAUUAUAUAUGUAUGUAGAUGCAGAGUGAUUUUUCACGCAAUUCCCUUUUGUAUUACAGCAUAAUAUAAAUAUUUGAAAAAAUGUGAAUUAGUACUGAGCUGUCUUGAGGUCACUAGUGUGUGUGUUUUUAAGUUACUGGUGUCUCGGGACUGUUGUUCAUAGGGUUCACCUGAAUGUUGUCAUGGGAAAAUCGAGUAUUUGCUGCUUAUGUUGUUUCUGUCUCCAUUUUGUUUUAGUUUUUUUUGGUCUCCAGCUCACGUAGUUUAGUGUCUAUUCUGUAAAGCAUUUUGUUGGGUAGUUGCAAUCAUUGACUUUUUGGAGACAAUCAAAUUUAUUUGAUUGUGAAGAAAGCAUGCAUUUUCAUCAGAUGCACCUCAUCUACUUGACACGUAUUUUAUACAUUAUACCCCUCAUUCUUCAAUGUAAAACCAAGUAUGUUAAAUAGUUUGCAUGUGAUUUUGGAAUUCAGCUCUACGAUUGUAUUGUUAUUCUAAAUGACUCACUAAUUAAUCGUGGUUCACUACCCCCAAUGUCUUGCACUUCACUUUAAUGUAUACACCGAGCUAUUUAAUUAGUGUACAAAAAAUAAACAAUUGGGUGUUGUUCAUA